AUGGCCCACGUGAGACACUUGCGGACAUUAGUUUCGGGAUUUUACUUCUGGGAAGCAGCACUGUUACUCAGAAGAUCUGAUUGGUGGGAUAGAUACACCUUGAAAGUGUCAGACACCACUAUCGAUUACAGAGUGAAUAUUUUUCUUCGUCAGAAAUGGAACGAUCCUCGCCUUGCAUAUAGCGAAUAUCCUGACGACUCUUUAGACCUCGACCCUUCCAUGUUGGACUCCAUUUGGAAACCUGAUUUGUUCUUUGCCAAUGAAAAGGGUGCCAACUUUCAUGAAGUCACUACCGACAACAAACUACUCAGAAUUUUCAAAAAUGGAAAUGUUCUUUAUUCAAUAAGAUUGACAUUAACACUUUCCUGUCCAAUGGAUCUUAAGAAUUUUCCAAUGGAUGUACAAACAUGUAUAAUGCAACUGGAAAGCUUUGGGUACACAAUGAAUGAUCUCAUUUUUGAAUGGCAAGAUGAAGCACCUGUACAAGUGGCAGAAGGACUCACUUUGCCCCAGUUUCUGUUGAAAGAAGAAAAAGAUUUGCGUUACUGCACUAAACAUUACAAUACAGGAAAGUUUACAUGUAUAGAAGUGCGAUUCCAUCUUGAACGACAAAUGGGAUACUAUCUGAUCCAGAUGUACAUUCCCAGCCUCCUGAUUGUUAUUCUAUCCUGGGUUUCCUUCUGGAUCAACAUGGAUGCAGCUCCAGCCAGGGUAGCUCUGGGAAUAACCACUGUGCUAACUAUGACCACACAGAGUUCAGGAUCACGAGCUUCCUUACCAAAGGUUUCAUAUGUCAAAGCUAUUGACAUUUGGAUGGCAGUGUGCCUCCUUUUUGUGUUUUCAGCACUUCUGGAGUACGCAGCUGUAAAUUUUGUAUCAAGGCAACACAAAGAACUUCUGAGAUUUCGGCGAAAGAGAAAGAAUAAGACAGAAGCUUUUGCAUUGGAGAAGUUUUACCGUUUCUCAGACAUGGAUGAUGAGGUAAGGGAAAGUCGAUUCAGCUUCACAGCCUAUGGAAUGGGACCAUGUCUACAAGCAAAAGACGGUGUCACGCCAAAAGGCCCAAACCUUCCUGUCCAGGUAAUGCCAAAAAGCCCUGAUGAAAUGAGGAAGGUCUUUAUCGAUCGGGCCAAGAAGAUUGACACCAUCUCUCGAGCCUGCUUCCCAUUAGCCUUUCUGAUUUUUAAUAUUUUCUACUGGGUUAUCUAUAAAAUUCUUAGGCACGAGGAUAUUCAUCAGCAACAAGAUUAAGUCUCUGGAGGCAUGCAAGUGCAAAUGGUCAAUUCAGAAGACAGCUUAUCUGCCAUACGUGUGUGUGUAUGUGUGUGUGUGGUAUACAAAUGAUGACCACUGUAUUAAACAACAUAAGGGAAAGCGUUGUAUUUUGAUUUGCUAUGCAAAGUCAUGAGACAGAUUAAGAUUCUUUUAAUGGAAACAAAAUAUAUAUUAUGGAAUUCUAUUUCAUAUUAAUUCAAGAGGAUUUGUUUUUUCACAGUAAAUCAUAUAUGUGGAAGCUUUACUGCCAACAAGUUUAUACGUUAUAUAAUAUCAUGUAAUAGUAGACAUGAAACUACUCUUGAAUUUCUUGAUUUUUAAUUCAAUGCUACUAAAUCCUACAAAGGCAAAA